CGAUAGUGUUAAAAUCCCAGACAAAUAAAUAAAACAAAUCAGAUUUCAGAUUCACCCAAGUUGAUAAAGUUCACAUCUUCGCUUUUUGGAACUUUAAAAAUACUCUUUAGUUUUAUUUAUGGAGCGUGUACCAGUACCACGCUGGUUAAAAUUUAAUCGAAUUUAAAACAUCUCAUAUGUUCGUGCAGAAUUUUGUGUUUGAUUUCAAAACAUGAACUAAUCGCGUCCAGUUCACAACAUCUUAUUUUCAUAUUAAUUUAAAUUAAAGUUUUUUUUUUAAUAUUAUACGAUAAAGCAAAAUCUCUAGAACAAUUCUUAUUGGAACAGAGAAUGAAUUUCAAAUCGAUUCCAGAAUGCCCUUUCGUGGAACGGAAAGUUGUUUGCCGGAUUUGCGACGGAACAUCGGGCGCUAUGGAAUCAAUUUUUUGUAAAGAAUCGAACCAGAAGCUGCUGGAUAAAAUUUUCAAAUGUACUCAGGUUAAGGUUGAACCGAUUUGCGGCAUUAUUUCUCCGGUGUGUGAAUUUUGUCAUUUUCGGAUUGAGAAAUUUGACGAUUCAUUCAAACCGAGCUGUAAAGAAUACGUUGUGGAGAAAUUUGUUAAGCACCAGGAUCCCGAAGAUGAUCCAUUCAAUAGCUUAGAUCCACUUACAAAUGGACACGAAAAUACCGGUCGAUGA